CCAAGUUCCACAUUUUACGUGCGCAGAUAGCGAAAAUUUCAAUAAACGUCAUCAAUACUGAUCCCUGAAAAACAUUUUUUUUAACCUUUGCUAGCUACCCUAAAAAUGUGGAAGGCAGUGCACAAUGUAUCAUGUAUUGUAGUAAUGACAUACUUCAUGUGUCUCUUGGACACUUUUAUAAGCGCAUCUCCAAGAAGAAGAGUCACAGUAGACCAAGAAACUCCAUUAGAAGAUCCAGUAAUUAUUUACUCCUUGGAGCACCCGAACUCCACGCUUCCUCCAUGGGGUGACGUGCCAUAUGUUGACGUUAAUCCUUCUGUCCUGCAAUCAGACCUCAAGCAAGUAAAGGAAGACCUCGUAUCCAGGAUAAGUGAGCUCAAAGAAGAUGGUGAGAAACUCCGCACGUCUAUAGAAGACUCCAAGGGAGCAACCCAAACUCAAAUUACGUCGCUGAAGACUCAGGUCUUUGAAAAAAUGAACGAAAUGCAGAAUGAGGUCUCGAGACUGGGUCUCACUGUCAUGGCUGAGGACUGUCAAGAUCUCUUUGAACUCGGAUAUAAUGCCACAGGAGUUUACUACCUGCAGAAAUUUGGACGACAGGUUCACUGCGACAUGGAAAUCGACAGCGGCGGCUGGCUGGUGAUACAGAGAAGAGUGCGAGUCGAUCCUCAGGUUAAUUUCGACCAAUCGUGGCACACGUACAAGAAAGGAUUCGGUGACUUGGAAUCUGAGUUCUGGAUCGGGAACGAAUUUCUCCACGUACUCACUAACCAAAAGGCCUACAGACUUGCCGUCGACAUGGUGGAUUUUGAAAAAGGGGCUUUCGCCGCAUCAUACAGCUCCUUUCGGGUAGGCAACGAAGCUUCAUUCUACGCACUGGACUUGGGCGAAUUCAAGGGCAACACAACGGACGCGUUCAGCUACCACCACGGCCGACCCUUUACCUCUAACGACAGAGACAACGACCUUUAUGGAGCGGGCAACUGUGCAUCUUAUUUCAGCGGCGGAUGGUGGUAUGAGAACUGCUACGAUGCCCACCUAAACGGUGUGUACCCGGAGCCGCCCGACAGGUUGAACGCUUCGUUCAUCACGUGGUGGGCGCUGGAGAACAACACGCGUGUUCCGUUGGUCCUGACCAGCGUAACCGUGCGCGUCAAGCCUUCUCCUUGAGCGUUAAAACGGCAAUAAUGAAUUCUUGGCUGUUAAAUUUAGGUCCCUUUAAUAUUUUUAAAGCUAAUUCAAGACUUCAGUGAUACUUUGGGCUUCUAGAUAAAUCACGAGUGUAGUAUAUAGAGCCAAAUGAAAGAUACCUGCAAAACUCGGUUAAAAAUUCUCGCUGCUAGAAAUACGCAUUGACUUGCGCUUGGGCUUUGACGUUAUAAAUUUGAUCUGGGAGGAAGUAUUCAUUCAUUCGAUUCCAGAAGAACUCGUAUAGAUAAUUUAGGACUUAAUUGUACCCAUCACAUCCCAAAUUAAUCAUUCAUAAUCAUUUAGUUAUUUCUGGAAUAUAUGCGCUGUUAUAUAUAUGCAACUGAACUUUUCUUUAUAAUUCAGAGGCAAGAAUUUAGUCUCUAUUUAAACCUUACCGUGGUAACUCUGGGAAUCUUGUAUAGGCUGUUCAUUCUGACAGCAUAUUUAGCUUAGUUUUGAAGUUCAUCGUCGGGUUAGACAUGAUCUUGAGAUGGUGUGUAACCGAAAAGUGUCAAAGGAGUUUCAAGAGGCUCUCGAAUCGAUUUUUCUUGGUUUUCUCGUCAAAAGUCGGGACAAGUUCAAAGAAAGUUAGGUAAGAGCUUUCCCGACCCUUGACAAAAAGCACAGCUCCAUCUUUGAGCAGUUUUUUAGACUUGUACCGAAGUAACUUUCAGCUUCCUGAUUUUAAUCUCUAUGUAAAUAUGAAGGCUAGAAGUAAGUGCACGGAUUCGGCUAGGUUUCAUUUUAUUUUUGCGUUGAUUUAAAGCUAAGUUCAUAGCUUUUCACAAUAAUCUAAAAAUAGCUUUAAAAUCAAUGUUGUUGAAUGGAUUUAGAUAACAGUGUUUACUUAGUAGCUUAUUUUAUACAAUUAGUCAGCUCGUAACUUAUAAUCCGUACCAGUCAUAAGUCUUAUUCGUGAGGAAUCGCAUAAGCUUAUUGUGAAGUGGUUUGUAAAAAAAUUCUACCAGUACUUUGAAUGCUCCUGCGCUUUUCCAAUGUAAUGUAUUGCACGCUAUUCGUAGAGUGAAUGAAUUGUAUAUUUCCUGUACAGCUAAUCAGUUUUGUAGUGAGUUGAAAUUAUGCCUCAUUUUGAGAACUAAGUAUUCUAAACUUAUUAAAUUUAGUGAAAAUUAGUGACAAUUUUUUGAAGGGUUCUUGUA